AUGCCCUUAGGCUUGAAGAAUGUGUUCCAGAUCUAUCAACGGGUUAUCGACAACGCACUGUACGGAUUCGCCCGGAUCCCGAAGUCUGAAGGCGAUAAAACAACUCUGGAUGUGGUUGAGUCAGGGGAACCGGUGGAUUUAGGUAAACCAUCACUGCUUGGGCGUAGAUCAUACAUCGAUAACAUCUUGAUACCGGUCAAUAGUUGGGAUCAACUGUGCGAUCGAAGGGAAGAUUUACUUGAAGUAUGCGGCAAGUGGAAUUUGUCAAUCAGCGUGGUUAAGAGUUUUUGGGGAAUGCCUAAGGUCUCUCACAAUGGAGUGGAGGUGAAUCCGAAAGAUCUGUCUGCGCUGACGGAUCUAGCGCUUCCAGGAUCACUUACAGCUAUGCACCGAUUCAUUGAAGACUACGCGAUCUAUACGUCAGUCUUGUACGAGUUGCGAGCGAUCGACUUCGCUGCGAUGAUGAAGGACAUCACCCAAGUGCAGAUCCAACGAGUUUCCACGUUGGAUCCAUGCCCAUAUGUUCUCCAAUCCAAGAUCACCACUACUCCGAUCCUGCGGCACUUUGAUCCAGAUCGGCGAGCUACGGUUGUGGUGUAUGCUACUGACUGGGCCAUUUCACGAUCGUUGACGCAAGAUAUUUACAAGAUCUACCACCCCGUGAUGUUUCCGAGUCGUACCCUGAAAGAAAACGAGUUGAAUAAUGGUAUCACGGAGAAGGAGAUGCUAGCCUUGCUAAGGAUUCUGGAUCUUAACAAUAAUGCCUUGUGGGCUGCCGUGCUGUCGCCAUGGACUCUCGAGAUCACCAAGUGUAUCAAGGGAGAAGACGAGAUCUUGGGGACAUUGGCGGCCAGUAUUACGUCUAGAUCUGAGGUGGAUAAGGCCUUGGUCUCGAUUGCCUCUAAAAAGGAGCCACGACGCAAGAUCCAGGCUCCGAUCCCUGUCAUUGGACGCGACGAGGAUCUAUAUGCUGUUAGUUUCGAUGGAUCCGCUCGUGACAAGAGUGGUGGAGGCGUCUAUAGCGCGGUCUUGUGGAAGUUGGCCGAAUGGAGUUUGCUAUCUGGCUAUGCUGAAGGUCUGAGAGUGAACGAAGCAGAAUAUCAUGGGCUACCGUUGUGCUUGGAUCUGCUGGAAGGUUUGGAUCCACGACUUCUGGUGAUCAGCGGAGACUCGAACCUGGUGAUCCGACAAGUACGCGGUGAGAUCGAUUGUAAGACACCAGGUUUAACACUGCUACGCCAGAGGGCUCUGGAUCGACUGCGAACUUGGCCAGAUCAUGAGUUGGUACAUGUCAAGCGGGAUUGA